AUGGCAAGAGCCAAAGUCAGCUCAUAUUUUAUCAAUAUACGACCUGAAGAAUGGAAAAUUUCCGAGUUUUACGAGUAUCUCCAGAAAGAAAAGGACUUCCCCAGCUCGUUCCAGAAGGAAACCUUUAUACUUAGGAGAUCUCUCGAUUAUCUUAUGAAAGGCGGCUCACCAGAAGCAAAGAAUUAUGCUACUCUUUUGGAUAAACAUUCAAGGCAAGUAAUGUUCGUUGCUGAGGGUUUUAAACAACGGUUUAGAGUACUCUCUAUGACUAGAAGAGAAGUCUUCGUGUCAUCUCUUGAUGAUCUUCGUGUUCGUCGUAGUUGA